UACUGCUGUUGAUGCCGUGCUUUCCCGGUGGUGUUCAGUUAACCAAAGAGCCAAACACUAGGCUGCUUCUCUGUUUCUUUCUGCAACGUUUCACCGCCUUGCAGUUUACUGUUUCCUUGAGGACCCUCAGAGGGCCAGAGCCUGGUGUGUUGGGGCGAGGAAGUUGUAAUUCGGCAAAAUUCGAGAAGCCACGGAGGGUUCCACGCUUUUCGUCCUUAGCUCGGCGUGACCGGCGCGAUUUCUCUGGCCGCCUGGUGGUCUCGAUACUGAGGGCAGCUAUUCAUUGUGAAGAUACUGCUCUCUGCAAUUUGGAAAGAAAGCCUACACUUUUCAGCCUCUCGAACAACUCAACAGGAAAAAAAAAAUGCCUAUUUUUCCCAAAGUAUCUUUAAGACCUGAAGUUGAAAACUAUCUUAAAGAGGGCUUUGUGAAUAAAGAGGUUGUAUCUGGAUCAGGCAAAGAAGAAGCAGAAAACAAGUUUGAAACUCUGUUAAAUCGCCUGUCACAUCCUCCAUCAUUCACAACUGUUAGAGUGAACACACAUUUAGCCACAGUUCAGCAUGUGAAAACUCUGCUGCUUGAUGAAUUUCAGAAGCAGUUUAAUGGAUUAAGUGUUCCUGUUCUUCAGCAUCCUGACCUUCCAGAUGUCUUACUUAUUCCUGUGAUUGGACCUAGAGGUGUAGGUGUAAGAAUGACAGAACCUGUGUAUCUGAGCCCCUCGUUUGACAAUGUCCUGCCCAGUUACUUAUUUUUACAGAAUUUACCAUCUGCUGUAGUAACUCAUGUUCUGAAUCCUCAACCUGGAGAGAAGAUUCUAGAUUUGUGUGCAGCACCUGGAGGUAAAACAACACAUAUUGCAGCACUAAUGCAUGAUCAGGGAGAAGUAAUAGCAUUGGAUAAAAUAGCCAACAAAGUAGAAAAAAUAAAGCAGAAUGCUUUAUUAUUAGGAUUGAAUUCCAUCAAAGCGUUUUGUUUUGAUGGAACAAAAGCACUUAAACUUGAUAUGACUGAGGACACAGAAGGGGCACCUCCAUUCACACCAGAAUCUUUUGACCGAGUUCUCCUUGAUGCACCUUGCAGUGGAAUGGGACAGAGACCAAAUAUGGCUUGUACUUGGACUUUGAAGGAAGUGACAUCAUAUCAACCGCUGCAGCGAAAACUCCUUUCCGUGGCAGUCCAGCUGCUCAAGCCGGGAGGCAUGCUGGUUUAUAGCACGUGUACUAUAACCCUGGCAGAAAACGAAGAGCAGGUUGCCUGGGCCCUCAGCACAUUUCCUUGCCUUCAGCUGCAGCCCCAGGAGCCACAGAUUGGAGGAGAAGGUAUGAUGGGAGCUGGCUUAUCGCUUGAGCAGUUGAGACAGCUGCAGCGGUUCGAUCCAUCUACUGCGCCUUUACAGGACACUGACCUUGACUCGCUCAGAGAAGCCAAAGUGGAAGACAUGAUCCAGCUGGCAAAUAAGGACUGUAUAGGGUUUUUUAUUGCAAAAUUUCUAAAAUGGAAAAGCACACCAGAGAAAGAGCCUCAGAAAUGAAAAUUCUACAGCUUUGCUCUCUGGUCUGUUCCUCCCUGCCCCUUAAACCAAACUGUUGUCAGGCCAACUAGUGAUGCCAUCGUU